CCCAUCCGUGCGCCAACUCGUCCAUUGAAACCGUAUCACGAACCAUGCAUCUUCGCACGUACCCGAUUCCCUAUCAUAAACGCCAUAGCAGUCACCUGGUGAAUGCUUUGUGUCAACACGUCAAGGGGCCACAUUUUCUGCGACAUGAAAUACCUUACUGACGUGGUCGUAACGCUCGCACUUUUGUCUCUCGCUGUCUGGCUCUAUUCCUUUUCAUCUCCUAGGAAGAAGGGCCCUCUAUUUCCCGGGCCGCAUCCUCUCCCGUUUAUCGGCAACGUUCACCAAGUCACUGCCGACUACCAACACAAAACGUUCACUCAAUGGGCGAAAAGAUAUGGAGUUAUCGUUUAUGCACGUUUUUUCGGGCAGCCGGUCCUCGUGCUUCACUCGGUUCACGCCGCAAAUGACCUGAUGGAGAAAAGAGGAGCGAUCUAUUCAAGCAGACCGCCGCUCGUGUUCUUGAGGGAAUUACUUGGAUUUGAUACCAACCCCGUUCUCUUGCCUUACGGCGAUCAAUGGCGGAUGCAUCGAAAGUGGCUGCAAGCUCUGCUGCAGGACAAGAAUGCUCUCGAGUCCUAUCGUCCUAUCCAAGAGAGGGAGAUUCGCCGUUUACUUGCGGCACUUGUGCAAACUCCGGAUGAGUUUGCUUCGCACAUCAGAAGAUUUAUUGGCGCUGUCUUGAUGGAUAUCACAUACGGCCAUAUGGCGCUCUCUCUGGAGGACGACCAAUUCAUUCGUUUAGCAGCGAAGGCAUCCGUAGAGGCAGCUGAGGCGGGCAAUGUUGCUUCGACGUUGGUCGAUUUCUUCCCUUUGCUGAAACACAUUCCGACAUGGAUGCCUGGAGCUGGCUUCAAGCAGAAUGCCCUGCGUAUACGCCGCGAAUUGAAGAUUGCCGAGACCACUCCAUACAAAUGGGCCAAAGAAGCAGUAGCGGCUGGGAGUGCCCGACCAUCGUUCGUUUCCUCUCUGCUGGACAAUUUAUCUACAGACAGAGACUUAACGCCAGACGAUGAACGCAACAUCUCAGGUGUAGCUGGUGCACUCUACAGUGCUGGUACCGAUACUUCUGGUACGACUCUCCAAACAUUCAUCCUCGCUAUGAUGCUCUAUCCCGACAUCUGCAAGAAAGCACAAGCGGAGAUUGAUCAGGUUGUUGGUACUUCUCGGCUUCCGAACUUCUCGGACAGAUCAUCAUUGCCGUAUCUUGAACGUGUGCUACUCGAAGUAUAUCGCUGGAACUGUCCCGUCCCAUUGGGGGUGCCACAUUUCUCAACUGCUGAUCACACCUAUUGCGAUCAUUAUAUCCCGAAAGGGACGAUUAUUGUACCCAAUUUAUGGUACAUGACGCGAGAUGCCAAUAUCUUCCCGGACCCCGAAACCUUCCGACCCGAGCGAUUUAAAACUAUGACUGUACAAACGACGGAUUUAUACGAUCCACGCAAGAUCGUCUUCGGGUUCGGCCGACGCAUAUGUCCAGGCCGCCAACUGGCUGACUCCUCAGUUUGGCUCGCGAUGGCUAACAUCUUGGCUUGUUUCAACAUUUCACAAUCUGCAGGCGAUUUCGCUAACUACGCGACCUUUACACCCGCAUUCUCUCCCGGUGCUAUAAGCCACCCCGAACCAUUUCACUGCCAGCUUAGCAUACGAUCGCAAGAAAUCCAGAAAAUUCUGCUCGAGUUGAACUUGGAAUCAACAUGCUGAGCGGCCGAAUCACAUUUAGUCUAGCACAGGAGCAGAUGUACAGUAGCUGAUCUAUGACCCUCUUUGUCUUGAGACAUGAGCAUGUGGGACGCAAGCCAGAGAAGAUCCUGUUUUCGAACCCAGCAGGAAGGAAACUGGCGCGUGUUGGGCGAAUUUCCGGAUGUCUCAAUGAUAUCGCAGCAGACUACGGCGUUUUUAUUUAUGAUCCGAGGUUUUGGAAGCCCCAGCCGCUAUAUGUUGUAAAUCCUCC